AUGAAGCGAGUUGCGAGGCAGCGGACAUGGACGUGUCCGUCAUGUUCACUGCAUCAAUCACAACGGAGAAGUCUCGUUUCUUCCAGUCGUACCAAAGGAGCAGCCGCGGCAGCCUCCAGUGCCAUCGCCGACGACUAUCGACCCAUAUCGAAGGCCAAUCCAUCCAUUGCACACGACGAUCGCACCCUUCGCCAGGUUUUCGACUCAUCCGAUUUUUGGAAGGACUUCUCGUCAAAGCAAAAGUACCAUCAUGGAAAGAACAAAAGUGCUGGCUUGUUCCAAAACCGUUACCUUUCUGAGCCCGCUGGAUUCGAGCGAUGGGCCAACAAUGUGCUGCAAAAGUGCCAGAAGAUUGUCGCAAAGGUCUUGCAGUAUGAUAGCAUAGACCAGUACAAGCGCAUCACCCGUGAUAUGGAUAGACUGAGCGAUCUCCUAUGUCGUGUCAUCGAUCUCAGCGACUUUAUACGCUCCGUUCAUCCGGAUCGUCAGAUACAGCACGCUGCAAGCCAAGCCUAUGCCAUGAUGUUUCAGUACAUGAACAUACUGAACACCACUCGGGGCCUGGACACACAGUUGAAGAGCGCUGCAGCGAUACCCGAGGUCUGGGACUCGUGGAGUGUGGAGGAGAGGACCGUCGCAGACAUCCUAAUUAGGGACUUUGCGAAAAGCGCCAUUGAGCUUCCCGAAGAGCAGAGACAGGCGUUUGUGGACAUCUCAGACGAGAUCGCCGUAGUCGGGAAUGAAUUCGUGGAUAACAUGUCCGCGGAGAAGCAGGUGCUGUCGAUCGAAAGCAGUCGCAUGAAGGGCAUGGACCCGGUCUUUGUGAGGCAAUUGACGAGAUGGGGUACUGUGAAUCUACCUACAGAAGGCAGGAUUGCAACUUUGGCACUGAGAUCAGUUGAAGACCCAGACACAAGACAGGAGAUAUACAUGGCCAACAGGACUUCGUCCGAAACGAACAUACAGCGUCUGGAGCGUCUGCUGAAGAAGCGUGCGGAGCUGGCCAAGCUAUCUGAUUAUGAGAGUUUUGCGCAUAUGACCCUUUCAGACAAGAUGGCCAAGUCGCCGGAAGCUGUCACAUCUUUCCUGGAUGGCCUCGCACAAGUUAAUGCGACACGAGUGCAAGAGGAGCUUCGUGAACUGUUCGAGUUGAAAAAAGGCGACGCUCAACAACAUGCCGAUCGAAUGAAUGCCUGGGACAGAGAGUACUACACCGCCCGACUACUCCAGUCGAUGCGGUCGAAAGCACGAACGCCAGACGUGUUGAGUGCUUACUUCUCACUUGGCACAGUCUUUCAAGGUCUCUCGCGUCUCUUUCAUCGCCUCUACGGUAUUAGACUCGUCCCUCAUGAGACACUUCCUGGCGAGACGUGGAAUCAAGAUGUCCGCAGGCUGGAUGUGAUCGAUGACCACGAAGGCCACAUCGCCGUCAUCUACUGCGACCUUUUUGAACGAUCGGGAAAAUCACCCAACCCAGCGCACUUUACUCUUCGCUGCUCUCGUCGCAUUUCUGACGAAGAGAUGCAGGAAGCUGCGGAAAUCACCUCGCAGCCUGAUUCUCCUUUCGCAACAGCCCAAGAAGCAGUCAACGAUGGUCUAGCCACAAACUUCAACCCUCGCGACAACAACGCCCUCUACCAGCUCCCUACUAUAGCUCUAAUUUGCGACUUCUCUCGUCCCACACCUUCCAACCACUCUUCUCGCUCACCGCGACCGGCACUACUCACGUUCCGCGAAGUGACCACCCUCUUUCAUGAGAUGGGCCACGCCCUCCACUCCAUUUGCGGUCGAACAGCUCUACAGAAUGUCUCCGGAACCCGAUGCGCCACAGAUUUUGCCGAACUCCCUUCCGUGCUAAUGGAGAACUUCGCUUCUGCGCCUGAAGUGUUGGCCUUGUAUGCCCGCCACUGGGAGACCGACGCGCCCCUGGACCCAUUACGUGUAGCAGAGCGCGUCAACAUCGAUAGAAGAAUGCAAGGCGCCGAGACAGAAUCUCAAAUCCUACUCGCCAUGCUCGAUCAACGCUUCCAUUCUUCCCUUCCCCUCCAACCCACCUUCAACAGCACCGCCAUCUACCACGAAACUUGGAAUAAAUACUCUUCCAUCUCGGAGCCCAUGGGCACAUCCUGGCAUGGCUUUUUCGGACAUUUGUUUGGAUAUGGUGCGACCUAUUACUCCUACUUAUUCGAUCGAGCCAUUGCGGGGAAGAUUUGGAGAGACGUAUUUCAGCGACAAGUUGGUGAUGCGAUCAAUCCGGAACAAGGGCAGCUCUUCAGAGAAGAGAUGUUGAGAUGGGGUGGAGGGAGAGAUGGGUGGCAGUGUGUUGCUGGAGCGUUGCAGGACGAGACCGGUGUGCUUGCUGAAGGCGGGAAAGGGGCUAUGGAGACGGUGGGGAAGUGGGGAGUACAUACCUAGUUGUUAUGAGUAGGGUUAAUGAAGGGAGAUUGGUUGGCUGUAGAUAGCUGUAAAUACGUGUAGGAAUCUGUGUCGGAGGAUUUUGCGCAGGAAGAUCUG